CCGGCCGAACAGGCGGUGGCGGAGGCUUCUGCAGCGGUCGCCGUUGGUGGGGUGGGGAGCUUGUCUGCGCCCCUCGCGCCGGAUCCUUUCAACUCUCUGGUGCCGCGCCAGCUUGUCUCACUCCUCGGCGUCAUGACGACCACCACCACCUUCAAGGGCGUCGACCCCAACAGCAGGAAUAGCUCCAGGGUUUUGCGGCCUCCAGGUGGCGGAUCCAACUUUUCAUUAGGCUUUGAUGAACCCACAGAACAGCCCGUGAGGAAGAACAAAAUGGCCUCUAGCAUCUUCGGGACCCCCGAGGAAAACCCCCCUUCGUGGGCCAAGUCGGCAGGUGCCAAGUCCAGUGGUGGCAGAGAAGACCCUGAGUCGUCUGCACCCCAGAGAAGGAACUCCUCGGAAGCCAGCUCUGGAGACUUCCUAGACCUGAAGGGAGAAGGUGACAUUCAUGAAAACGUGGACGUAGACUUGCAGGCCAGCCUGGGGCAGAGCGAGGAGAAGCCGGUGCCCGCCGCCCCUGUGCCCAGCCCGGUGGCGCCGGCCCCGGUGCCGUCGCGGAGAAACCCCCCUGGCGGCAAGUCCAGCCUGGUCCUGGGCUAGCGCGCUGUCGGCCGCGUCGUUUUGUUUGUUUGUCUGUUUCCUCCAUGCUUGUGAACUGCACAACUUGAGCCUGACUGUACAUCUUUUGGAUUUGUUUCAUUAAAGAAGAAGCACUUUA